CUAAGAACGACAUCCUGUCUUUCACAAACGUGUGCGGUACUCAGGGCUGCUUUCCGCCUCGUCUGUCCUGUAAUCUGUUCUACUGAUUCGGCGGCACCGGGAAUUGGAUCCUGUACUUUGAUCAAAAAGAUUACAGCCAUCGACUUGGAUAUCAAUUCGCCGCCCCCGGCUAGGAAUUGACUCUGGUUAUGCAUCCCCAUGCUUGGCCAGUCGGCAAAAUUAAACGACUACUGAUUGGCUUUAGACUGUUCUCUUGUCUGCUUAGCUCCUCGGAUCGUCUCUUUUGUCACUCUGGUUCACGGGAGAUCCCCCGGCCUCCGUGGUGUUACUGGAGGCAGUACAUGAUGACAAGGAACUCGGCUCCAGGACUUAUAACGGAAUCUCUAUCCCCGCCAUUGCUGUAACCCGUCCAUCAUGGUCGCAUAUGAACCCCCCGCAACCGCUUCUGCUGCCCACAAAGCAUUCGCCGAGUACGUCAACGCCUUCGAUGCGUUUGACGCCGAGCGGCUCCUAGCUACUUUUGAUGAUGACGACUUCACGUUUACGCUUCUGCCGAAAGCGAUGGCGGUUCCUUCUAUGAAUAAAGCUCAAUUCAAGGGGUACUUCUCUGCGUCCGUGUUGCCUGCGUUUGAUGGCAUGUCUCUGAAAGUACACGAAGUCAUCGAAGCUGGGGAAAGCACCAUCGUUGCCCAUGCGCAAUCUGACAGUGUCUCCAAGCUCGGGACGGAGUGGCACAACGAAUACAUCUUCAUCUUCAAAUUUGCUGCUCCCAAAGGCGGUGAACUUCCCAAGAUCACUUCAUAUACAGAAUACGUGAACAGCGCCAUGGUCGCUGGAUUUAUUGCAGAGGAGACAAAGAAGAGGGCCUCGUUAUGAGGAAUCCGUAAUUUAGAGUAUGUUUAAGAGUACAGCGUUUAUCAUUCAAUUUUUGUUAUUAAUCUUUCUGAUGGCAGUAGUUAGAACAAAUUUUCGCGUGUAAUGAAGUCUCUGUAUGUUAUGACUAACUUUCUCUCCUGGAACGGUACAUAGUCCAGCACAAUACGAAGCAAAAAAUGACAUUAUACAUGGCGUCUAAUCUGCACA